AUGCAAAUCUUCGUUAAGACAUUAACUGGUAAGACCAUUACCCUUGAGGUCGAGUCCUCUGAUACAAUUGACAACGUCAAAUCGAAGAUUCAAGAUAAGGAAGGAAUUCCUCCAGACCAACAACGUUUAAUUUUCGCUGGUAAGCAAUUAGAGGAUGGCAGAACCCUCUCUGAUUACAACAUUCAAAAGGAAUCUACUCUUCACUUGGUGUUGAGAUUGAGAGGUGGUAUGCAAAUCUUCGUCAAGACUUUAACCGGUAAGACCAUUACUCUCGAAGUCGAAUCAUCCGACACUAUCGAUAACGUUAAGUCCAAGAUUCAAGAUAAGGAGGGAAUCCCCCCAGAUCAACAGCGUUUGAUCUUUGCUGGUAAACAAUUGGAAGACGGAAGAACUCUUUCGGAUUACAACAUCCAGAAAGAAUCUACAUUGCACUUGGUAUUGAGAUUAAGAGGUGGUAUGCAGAUUUUCGUCAAAACCUUGACUGGAAAAACUAUCACUCUCGAGGUCGAAUCGUCUGAUACUAUCGACAACGUCAAGUCGAAGAUUCAAGACAAAGAAGGAAUUCCACCAGAUCAGCAACGUUUAAUUUUUGCCGGUAAACAGUUGGAAGAUGGAAGAACACUUUCCGACUACAACAUUCAAAAGGAAUCUACUCUUCACUUGGUGUUGAGAUUGAGAGGUGGUAUGCAAAUUUUUGUCAAGACUUUGACUGGAAAAACUAUCACUCUUGAAGUUGAAUCGUCUGACACGAUUGACAACGUCAAGUCCAAAAUUCAGGACAAGGAAGGUAUUCCACCAGACCAACAACGUUUGAUCUUCGCUGGUAAACAAUUAGAGGACGGCAGAACCCUUUCUGACUACAACAUUCAAAAGGAAUCUACUCUUCACUUGGUGUUGAGAUUGAGAGGUGGUAUGCAAAUUUUCGUCAAGACUUUGACCGGUAAGACCAUCACUCUCGAAGUCGAAUCGUCUGAUACCAUUGACAACGUGAAGUCGAAGAUUCAAGACAAAGAAGGAAUUCCACCAGAUCAGCAACGUUUAAUUUUUGCCGGUAAACAGUUGGAAGAUGGAAGAACACUUUCAGACUACAAUAUCCAAAAGGAGUCAACCCUUCACUUGGUGUUAAGAUUGAGAGGUGGUAUGCAAAUUUUCGUCAAGACUUUGACCGGUAAAACUAUCACCCUCGAAGUCGAGUCUUCUGACACUAUCGACAACGUCAAAUCCAAGAUUCAAGACAAGGAAGGUAUUCCUCCAGAUCAACAACGUUUGAUCUUUGCAGGUAAGCAAUUGGAAGAUGGUAGAACCCUCUCUGACUACAACAUUCAAAAGGAGUCAACUCUUCACUUGGUGUUGAGAUUGAGAGGUGGUCACUAA